GGCGGCGCUUCAAAAAACGCUGCACCUUUCUUACGCACGAGCCAAGGUUGUCUCUACAACUUGAAGACAGCGCAGAAGCAUACAUGAGCUGCCAGUAUUUGUCAUAGCUUAACCUUUGUUUUCUUCAACUACCUGUCUGAUAUUCACAGAUGAAAAUUUGUCCUCGCAAAAUUCAAUAGAAUGUCUAGACGUAAACUUGGCAGUCGACCUCAACACCUACGCGCAAUUCAAGAUGACCCUGAGCCAGCAGUGUCUCCUUCACUGAACACCUCCUCCCCUCCUAAGACUGUUGGCCCUGAUGUCCUGACGUGUGGCCAGUGUGGCCAGGCUUUCCCCCUGGGCCACAUCUUAGACUUCAUCCAGCACAAGCAGGGUGGCUGCGGCCGCUACGGAGCUGGACACCAGAGCCACGCCCCCCCUUCGCCCACCACCAGCUGCAUGCUGAGAUGCAGCCCAGGAGCCCAGGUAGGGAUGGGGUACGUGGAGCUCAGGAGGGUAAUGGACCGGUCCUCCUGGCCCGAAGAGUCAGAACGACAUAAUGCUGUGACAGAGGAGCCCUCCAGUAUCAUCUGCCAGGUGUGUCAAACCGUGUGUCUCAGUGCCUGGAGCUUGCUUCAGCAUGCACAACACACACACUCCUUCAACCUCUACCAGGUAGAUGAGGAUGCCAACGCUGCUCACCUUGCCCAUCCACCCCAACCCUACCACCCUGCCGCGUUCACCUCAUCCGGAGAAUCCACCAGCCUGAACUUCUCUGAGCGCCUGCGGGAGUUAGCUGAGGUCAACGGGACGGCGGAGGAUGGGGGAACGGGCGGUAUGCUCCCGACCUCCGCCUCCCCCCAGGUGGCACCCCCCUUCCCCCACAAAUCCCGUGCGCUCCACGCGCUGACCUGCGAGCGCUGCGGUCAGGGCUUCCGCUCGAUGCGCAGCCUGCUGGCGCACCGCCGCUCCUGCGAAAGGCUGUACCCCUGCGGCCUGUGCCGUCGCACCUUCUCUCACAGCGCCCAGCUGGCACAACACAUGAGGAGCCAUCGCGGCACCCUCGCACCCACCGAAGCCUCAGUGUGUCCACAGGAAGAUGGCAGUGCCGGCGACGGUCAAAUAGAGCAAGGAGCGCUGAGGGAGGAGACGCCUCACCCUUCGGCCGGCCCGGGCCUGAUCGUCCUGUCGUCGCGCUCCACGGCGCCCAGCCGGACCCAGCUGCAGUACUUCCAUCCCCAGCUGGAGGCGGACGAGGACGGGCAGGAGGAGGCCCAGCAGCCCUCCCCGCUGGGCAACUCCUCCGAGGGCUCCGUGGAGAGCGCGGGCAGCGGCGAGAGCGGCAGCGGCGAGAGCGGAAUCGCUAGCGGCAACUGCACACCCAAGGGCCCUGAGAGAACCGAGUGGGAGAGCGAGAGGGAUGCGGAAGUGACGACAACAACGACGACGGAGAACGACCGAGGGCGACCCACCGAGGCUGGAGGAGGAGGAGGAGGUGGAGGAGGAGGCUCGCUGCGAAAGAAGAAGGAGGAGGCAUGCGACUUUUGCGGCAAGUGCUUUCGGAACAGCAGCAACCUGACGGUGCACCGGCGCAGCCACACCGGCGAGCGGCCGUACCGCUGCAGCCUGUGUAGCUACGCCUGCGCCCAGAGCAGCAAGCUCACGCGCCACAUGAAAACCCAUGGCGCCCGCGGCACCCAGCCCACCUUUCAGUGCCAGCUCUGCGGCGUGCCCUUCACCGUCUAUGCCACCCUGGAGAAGCACCUGAGAAAGAUCCACGGCCUCAGCCACGCCAGCGCCGGCGCCUACACGCUCAGCAGCGACUGCAUCAAGAAGGAGGAGAAGACGGACUCAGAGCCGAGCCAGACCCAGGAACAGACAAGUCCACGCACCAGUGAGGAGUGCACAGAGGAGAACGUGGAUGUUCCAGUCACACAGGACAUGAGUGUGCUUGCCUGAAAGAAUGUGUGCAAGAAGCUCUCUGUUCAAUACACACAUAUGCUGCCAUACACAAUACGCAAAACUGCCAUUUGGAACACGGGGAUAAAUGUAAUGUCUUGGUCAAAUUCAGUGACUGCAUGAGCAAUUGGGCAAAUGAAUAAAAUAAAAAUGGCCACUGUUGGUGCCUAUUGUUGUAGUAUCUCACUACAAUGAACUACCACCCUGUGGUAAACUGCUUUUGCAAGGAACUGUACAGGACCCAGUGGAAGUUAAAGCACUCGGUAGAACUUAAAGACACUCACCACACUGGAAUAUAGAAUGCACUGAACCAGAUUCCAUGUGAAUAUCAUGUGAAUGUUUGGUGAGGUUCCCUCUCCCUGCUAAGUUGAUGAUUCAUAGUAGGGGAGAAAACUGUAAAAAUAGCCUAGCACUUUCUUUGUAAGGGUUAUUGCUGUUGUUUUGGGGGGAUUCCUUAUAUUUGACUUGUUUACAGGUACAGAAUUCGGGUUUGUGUUUCAUUACAGAUAAAAUAACUGUCUGGACCUCAGGAACUUUGAUCUAGUUCCCACAUACUUUUGUCAUUAGUAGAAUGAAAUGGGUGCUCCAUUUGCAGUAGUUUUCUGUGCUUUUUAUUGUAAACCUUUUUUGCGGUUAGGUAUUAUAUAUUCUAGAAUAGUCAAAAGGAAAACUGCAGUAAUCUCAGGGACUUUGAUGUGUUUACUGUGUUUAAUGUGUUACUUUUGUUUUGUGUAAACAAAAUGGUGAUUCAGUUUUGAUCACCAAUAGUCAGUUUAUGUUGCCUGUAUACUUGUGAUGUUUAAGCCACUCCUUCCUGUGCCUCUUUUGCUAAAGAGCUCUUCUUAAGUGUAUUUGAUCGUAGUGAGUACCCGUUUUACAGAUAUGAAAAUAUCUGAACUGUUUCAUAGAAAACAGGGUGUUGAGCCAUUUAUAAGCACUUGAAUGCUUUUGGUAUAUGAACGGUAGAGGGUCUGAUGCUCACUUUAUUUAGUCAGGGACAACAUAUCUAUAUAUUUUGUUGCUUAGAACUUCAGGGAACUGAUACUGUACUUAUUAAGCUCAGUAGUUAGUAUGGAUGUUUUGCAUAUAUUUUCUCCUUUUUUCAGGACAAUCCUUUUGUACAGUAGUAAAAAAAAAGUUGUUAGUUGUAAAUGUUCUUCAUUUGUAAGUUUAUAUCAGAAUUAUAUCAGUUUCUUCUUCUUGUAAUGACGACCAUGCU